CAGCACUCGCAAAACAACCCUCUCUCUGAUCAACUGGGGAAAACGAUGUCUCCUCGUUGAAUCUUUUUUUCUCUCUGUCUUUCCAGAAAAGUAACUCGUUUAACGGAUCCUCGCUAAAAGAGGAGGUUAGGAGACCUCUUCACGCCACCAACACCUCGACGAUGAACAACGAUCAAUUCCGCCGGCUUCUCUUUGACGAUGCUUCAAAGGGCUCUUCGAGUCUGAAAAAGACAAGCCCACAUGGGCCGCUGUCUAGCCAAAAAGAAAAUGCCACGGCUGGCACCCCUGGCAGUGCGCUGCUCGGAUCGCGGAUGCGGUCGAGUAUCCCCAUGACGCCACGCUCCGUCACGGGGGUAGACUUUGCGCGUCAGCUCGCCGAACAUCGUCGCGAAACCGACCAGCCUCCCACAAAGCGAUUCAAGUCGUCUGCCGCUCCGAAGGGGACCAAGUUACCGUCUGGGUAUCAAGAUCGGACUCAGCAACGACAAACGCAAGAUGAAUCCACCUCGGAGGUUGAGAAACGCAUCGUCGCGCUGGAGGAGAUGGCCAAACUCGGGCAGAUCGACCAGGCUACGCUCGACAAGUUACGGUCCGAGCUGGGUGUGGGCGGAGAUCUGAAGAGCACACAUAUGGUUAAAGGCUUGGAUUGGGAGCUACUCAGACGCAUCAGAUCCGGGGAUGAUGUAAAUGUGUCUGUUGAGAAGGUUUCCGCUGAGAGUGAACAGACAGAAGAACCGGUCGAAGAAGAUGUGGAUAACGAGUUUGAUCGUGUCUUAGAAGAGAGGGGAAAGGAAGUGAUCUCAUCCGCACCCAAAGAGAAGAGGAUGAAGAAAGGAGUUCUGGCGGCUCAACCUCGAUUGGCAGCGCCUACGAACCAAAAGAAGUCGAGAGAUGAAAUUCUUAGGCAACUUAAAGCUAGCAGAGCUGCCGCUGCCAGCGGUGGUGUCCCAGAAUCCGCUGAAACGCAAGAAUCAACUUUGGGGACCAAGUUCAAAAGAAUCGGAGACCGGAAACCCGAAAGAAAGCGCUUUGUUGAAUCCGAUGAGACCGGGAGGCGGCGAGAGGUUCUUCUGAUAACUGAUGCCGAGGGAAAUACGAAACGAAAGGUCCGCUGGCUUGAUAAGCCAGGAACUACUGGUGGAAAGGAUAGUCUGUUACUCCCUGAUAAGGAUGCCAAACCGCUGGGAAUGGAGGUCCCUGCAGCAAUCGCCGCAAAACUUGCCGCUGCGACUGUUCCUGAUGAUGAUGAUGAUGACAUUUUUGCCGGUGCUGGUACGGAUUAUAAUCCCCUAGCUGAUAUCGGCGAUGAAGACGAUUCUUCUUCAGGGUCUGAGGACGGUGAGGCCGUUGAAGGGAAGUCUCUGGAGCCUGCCAAGACGCCAAUCGAUCGCGCUGGGAAGUCGGAGCCAACGAUAUCGAAGCCUCGCAACUACUUCUCGACAUCCUCCACAACCGAGAUGGUGGAGUCUGACGAUCGCUCCAAUCCACUCACCAACGACCCCACUAUCCUUGCAGCCCUGAAAAGAGCCGCUGCGCUUCGACAAGAAGGCGGGGAAGAGCUGGACGAUGAUGUCGACGCGGAAACGCAACUUCGGCGGAGGAAGUUCCUGGACGAGGCCCGAUGCAGGGAGGCUCAAGAUGCAAUGGAUAUGGAUCUUGGAUUUGGCAGCAGUCGUGUCGAGGACGGUGAGGAUGACGAAGCGGUCAUCUUCGAGGAACGCGGCGCCAAAAAGCGAAAGCGUGGCCCCAAGAAGAAGAAGGGCGACAAGGACAGUGCUUCAGACGUGUUACGCGUGUUGGAGGGAAGGAAAAAGGCAGUAGAAUAG